CACAGAUUUGUGUGUAUUAAUUUUGUGUCCUGCAACCUUUGCUGAAUUCAGUUAUUAGUUCUAGUAAUUUUUUGGUAGAGUCUUUAGGGUUUUCUCUGUAUAAUAUCACAUUGUUAUUGGCCAUAACGCUGGUUUUCCAAGGAUCAUAUCUUGGAGGCAAUGAAGAAUGAAGCCAGCAGACAAAGAGUAUGGAGCAACCAACAAAGCUCUUUUAAUGAGUGAAAAGAGAAAGUUCCUGCUAAUAAGGAGGGGCUGGAAGAGAAGAUGCCCUCAGGGCUGUGGUGUCUUGGGUUUAUAUUGCCUCCUGCUAGGAUGAAGUCCUACUCCCCACCUCCAAUCCCCAUAGAGAACUGAAGUAAUGACAUCACAGUCAUUCCUGAUUGGGUAAAAGCACAAUGCUUAAUUUGCAUAGGAUGUAAUCAGACCAGCUGAGCUCUAUCUGAGUAUACUUUUGGAUGGCUGAAUUUUAUCUGCAUACGGCAUAACCGAUCAGAGCAGCUGAGGUCUAACUGGCUAAGUUGGAUUGGGGCCUUUUUUUUUUUGGAAACUUACAAGGGCCCUGAACUUUGUCUUCUUGUGUCCUAUUAUCACCUGUCUCAAUGUCAUCUGCAAAGAGUUACAGUUUAGCUUCUUCCUUAGCAAUUUGUGUGCCUUUUAAAAUUAUUUAUUUUGUCUGAUUGCUGUGGCUAGACCCUCCAGUACUAUGUUGAAUAAAUGUGAUGAGAGUUGGCAUUCUUGUCUUACUCCUAAUCUUAGAGGAAAAGCUUUUAGAUUUUCGCUAUUAAGUAUCUGACAGCUUUAUUUUUAAGGUUAGCAAUAUAGUGUCAGAUUUGUUUAUGCCUUUCUUACAGAGAGAACUUUGGUUGCAAAAUUUAAGGAGACACCAAAAAAACCUCAUUAAUGAAGAUAAAUAUUUUAAUGUAAUAUGUUUAAAAAUCAAAAUCAACUGCAAAAAAAUCCAUGAACAAAACUAAAAUUAUGUAUCCGUUUUAUACCUCCCGCCAUCAACACUACCAAGGAAAUUUCCUCCAAAUAGCAACUGUCCUCCAGCGUCCAAUAAAAACCCCAAGGUUUCUGGAUCAGGCCUCCAGUCCUCACCACGCUAUUACUACUAACAGGGGACCUUUUGUUCUUUGCCCCAAGUUCAGCCUCUCCACCCCACAAAAUCCUGGGACACUAGACCAGAACCACUCUCACCACCAAGCGGGAAAUUGGUCGAAGCCAAUCCCACUCUCUCCCUAAACAGCCUUGGCGGUCCCUGUCAGUACUGGCGCGUCUUCCUACCCUCCGGGAUGCAAGCCGGGUGUGGCUUCCAACCGGGAGUCCGAGCGGAACAUCACCCUGCGCUUUGCCCAGAGCUGCGCCCACCUCCGCCAGCUUAGGCCCCCCGGCGCGCCCGGACUCUGGUUUCCGCUGUGGGAAGGGCGCAUGGAGUUUAGACUUGGCCAGGGUGAACCCAGCUCACCCGCGCCGCCUAAGGUCAGCGUGCACGGUCUGGCUGCCCACUUCCAGGGUGGCAGGACCGCAUUUCAGCCACGCUGUCCGCCCAGUUCAGGGGCCCUUGUAGGAGAAACGUGAACCUGAAGGUCUGGGCGUCUUGAGAGUGGGUUCUUAAACUUGAUUUUAUGAGAGGUGCCCCUAUCAGAGUCACCAUGCGUUUGCAAAGCCAUCUCACCUUCGCCUCUCUAGCUCAGAGACUACAAUCUCCAGAGGCCUUUGCGGCCACUUCCGUUCUCGCUCACCUCGCCCCUCCGCGCACUGAGCCACCGCCCAUAAGCACUUCCGGUGUCGGACCGGCUCGCCCGGCUGGAGGGCGCGUUGAUUCGGCCACCGGAUUCGGGCCUCCCGGCACCUCUCUGCACCUUGUUCCCCAGCCUCAGCCUCUGGUUCCGGAACGUCAGCCCGCGACCCAUCUAUCUUCUGAGACUUUACCCUUCUCCAGGGACAGCAUUCAGGAGACCGGGAAAAUGGCCACGGGGCUCCUGAAAGCCAAAAAAGAGAACGAGAUGGCAGUGCUGCCAGGUGUUCUGAAGGAGGAAGAGGCCAUCAAGGAAAAGGACGAACUCCUCAGGGAAGCACAGGUGAAGGUGGCACAAGAGCAUCAGCUGCGAAGCAUUGAGCUGAAGGCGUUUGUGGCAUUCAGGGAUGUGGCUGUGGACUUCACCCGGGAGGAGUGGCGGUUGCUGAGCCCUGCUCAGAGGACCCUGCACAGGGAAGUGAUGCUGGAGACCUACACCCACCUGGUCUCACUGGAAAUUCCAUUUUCCAAACCAAAACUCAUUUCUCAGCUGGAGCAAGGGGAAGAGCCCUGGAUAGAGGAGAAACAGCAUCCACUCGGCCUCUGUCCAGGACCAAAGCUGGAAAUUCAACCUUGUCCCUCCUGCCCUCUGGUUUUCUCUAGUCAACAAGCCUUUAGCCAAUAUGUGUGGUUCAGUCAUCUCCCUCAGCUAUUCUCAAGUUUCUGUGCAGGAAAUCAUCUCCAUCCAGAGAAACAUUAUCCAGAAGAUCUAAAACAGCAGCAGGAGCAAGUCUUUGAGCAAGUCUGCUUGAGCAACAGAAUAGAAAUUCAAGAAAGAAAAGGCUCCAGACCCCUUUCUGGGAGCAGAAGCAGAAGCAUUUCCAAGGCACUCCCCUGCCCACCACGAGGACAGCCAGCAAGGCCCCAGGAAGAUAGCACCAUGGUGGGUGUCAGACCCAGCCGAGACCAGAAGGCAGAACUUGAGGAAGCAGAUAAUAUAUUGCAUGACUUAGAGGCUUCAGGAUUUGGAGCAGUCAAAUAUGGGGAGUUUGGGCUGUACUUUAUCAAGGAGUCACACCUGUUCAGCCUCCAGAGCACACAUACAGGGGAGACACCUUAUGUGUGCACUGAGGGGGGACAAAGCUUUAGCAGUACAUCAACCCUCAUAAACAGCCAGAGGACGCACUCUGGAGAGAAGCAUUAUGUUUGUAGGGAGUGUGGGCGAGGCUUUAUCUGGAAGUCAAAACUUAUCAUGCACCAGAGGACACACUCAGGAGAGAAGCCAUAUGUGUGCAGGGAGUGUGGACGAGGCUUUACGUGGAAAUCAAACCUCUUCAACCAUCAGAGGACACACUCUGGGGAGAAGCCUUAUGUUUGCAGUGAAUGUGGGCGAGGCUUUCGCCAGCAUUCACACCUCACCCAACACAAAAGGACACAUUCAGGAGAGAAGCCUUAUGUGUGCAGGGAGUGUAAGCAAGGCUUUAGCCAGAAAUCGCACCUCAUUAGGCACUUAAGAACACACACAGGAGAGAAGCCUUAUAUAUGCACAGAAUGUGGGCGUCACUUUAGCUGGAAAUCAAGCCUCAUGGCACACCAGAAGACACACUCAGGGGUUAAACCUUAUGUGUGCCUGCAGUGCGGGCAGUGCUUUAGCCUAAAGUCAAACCUGAACAAACACCAGAGGUCACACACAGGGGAAAAGCUGUUUGUAUGCAAGGAAUGUGGGCGAGGCUUUACUCGGAAAUCAACCCUCAUCACACACCAGAGAACACACACAGGGGAGAAGCCAUUUGUGUGCAGGGAGUGUGGACAAGGCUUUAAUGGUAAGUCAACUCUCAUAUCACACCAGAGGAUGCAUUCUGGGGAAAAGCCUUUUAUAUGCAGGGAAUGUGGAAGAAGGUUUAGCCAGAAGCCAAACCUGUUUAGGCACAAGAGGGCACAUACAGUUGAUUUGCCCUUUGUGUGUAGGGAGUGUGGGCAAGGUUUUUGUGAUAAGUUAACUCUCAUUGUACACCAGAGGGCACACUCGGGGCAGCCUCAUGAGGGCAGGGAGUGUGAGCAAGUCUUUAGCUGGCAGUCACACCUUAGUAGAUACCAGAAGAUACAUUCAGGAGAGAAACCUUAUAUUUGUAGGAAGUGUGGGCGAGGAUUUAGUCGGAGAUCAAACCUCAUCAGACAUCAGAGGACACCCUCAGGAUAGGAACCUUAUGUGUACAGGGAAUUAGUAAAAUCUUUAAUCAAGAGUUAGGACUUCAUGAGACACCAGAAGUCACACUCAGGCCUCUGGCUUUAGUAAUAAGUCAGCCAUCGCCAGAUACCAAAGUGGAGACAUCUUACAUGUGUUUACGAGGCUAAUGGUAAGAGUCAGAAUUUCUAGUCCGCCUAAAGAACUGCUACCUGUUUUCAGGACCUCUGGCUUUCCAUAGAGGGGAUGGUGGGUUGUGGAAGAUCUCUCAGGUAGCUUGAUGGACUACUUCGAAAUCGUUUGAAAUUAGGGAUGGAGACUAUUUUGUCAUUUCCUAAGUAUACUUGAAUACUCCUUCCAAGGUAACCUGGAUGUUACUGAAACAAUACGAGAGCUUGUCUCUUAAUGUCUGUCUGUCUAACCUUCAGAGAAUAAGAGACUUGACAAAAACCAUGUCUGAUGUAAUCUUGGUUCCUGCAGUGUGUUUUUUCUCAUAGAUACACAAAAAUAAUUGUAUUAUACACAGCAGUAAUCGUAAUAUAACUCUGUUUGGGUUCCAGGAUCCAAUUUCAAUGUGUAAGUGUGUGGGAGGGGGUUGUGGGGAAAAUGGAAGUUCCUCGGUCCAGGAUCCUCACCUGACCCUAAACAACUUGAUGAUGUCAUUGUCCUACUGCUGGGCUAAUGUUUCCACACCCACUGGCAAUGAGCUGUUACUGACUGAGUCACUAUAUAAAGCACUCCACUCAGCAGAGGCAGAGAUGGAGGUGGAUUACGGACCUAUGAACUUCUGUAUGCAGACAUGACUCUAGUGCUCAACCUAGCCAUGAGAAUAAAGCUGGGUAUAAAUCCUUGUACCCCAACAACGUUCUGUUGUCAUUUCUCAGUCUCACUGAAUCCAUAAUG